UGUAUUUUAAGUAUCAUUGCUUCAAUUUUACCUGGAACAUGUACAGCUCAGAACCAUCACAAACAAAUUAGGCUCACUGAAACAGACGUUGUAAUAAAUUAUUAAAGGGUGCAAUGCAGCAACUAUGGCCACUGCCAUUCGAUGUACACUGCCAGGCUGCAGUUGUGAGUGUUUCAACCCCUGUAAGUCGCAGCUAAGAACCUGCCAAUCUUGUCAGCAUGGAUGGGUUGCUCAUGAUUCUUUAACAGUGGACCAAGUUAGUAAAAUUAGAAAAAAGGGCUUAAAACAUGGAAGACCCUGUCAACAUCCUCGUUGUGACUGUGAUGACUAUAAAAACACAUCCACUGGUAUACAAGCUUCGUGGUUAGCUAAGUGCAAUACAUGCAAACACUCCGAUAAUGAUCAUCGUAUACCGACAAGCUUUGAUAAGCUGCGUGCACAACACGUAAAGCAUGCUGGAACAUCAUCUUGUGUGGGAUGUGCUCUUGAAUGCCAAGGAUUUGGAAAACAAGAUGACAGUGUUUCUCUGGAUAGUCCAUUGUCUAAACAGUGUACACUUUGUGGCCACUUUAUUGAAAACCAUAGACCAAAAAUGGAGACAGAUGAUGUCAUCUUGACUGUGGCGCGAGACAACACAUCUAUCAGUUGCCAGAAAAUGUUAGAGGUAAAAGAUCAGAUGACGAAAGGUGGCAAAUAUUGUGAUGGGUAUGAUAUUCACGACUGGUUUGAAGCAGUAAAUGUUGAUCCUGAUGAAAGACAAGAUACGAGUGAUGCGAAUAACUGCCAUUGCCUCUGUAGAGGAUUUGUGGUAGAUGAUCUGGCCAGACUCUGUCACAUCUAUUAUGGUUUACCGAAAGAAAUUGUGCUGCCCCAUUUGUCUUCCAUAAACUGCCAAAGGUGUUCUCACAAUUUAUCUGACCACCGGAAAUUAAAUGAUGAAGAACAGAAACAGAUGGGUAUAAGAGACAGGGGUACACUUUGUGGCCACUUUAUUGAAAACCAUAGACCAAAAAUGGAGACAGAUGAUGUCAUCUUGACUGUGGCGCGAGACAACACAUCUAUCAGUUGCCAGAAAAUGUUAGAGGUAAAAGAUCAGAUGACGAAAGGUGGCAAAUACUGUGAUGGGUAUGAUAUUCACGACUGGUUUGAAGCAGUAAAUGUUGAUCCUGAUGAAAGACAAGAUACGAGUGAUACGAAUAACUGCCAUUGCCUCUGUAGAGGAUUUGUGGUAGAUGAUCUGGCCAGACUCUGCCACAUCUAUUAUGGUUUACCGAAAGAAAUUGUGCUGCCCCAUUUGUCUUCCAUAAACUGCCAAAGGUGUUCUCACAAUUUAUCUGACCACCGGAAAUUAAAUGAUGAAGAACAGAAACAGAGAGACAUACAGAAUGAACCUAAACUAACCGUGCUGUCAAUGUCUCAGGUGAAAGUUUCUGCAAAAGACGGACAGAACCCUGUUGCCUUGUACACACCCGAUUGCAUAGGACCGCAAAUGUUUGGAUUAGCUCAAGUAAAAGGCAGCGGUAAUAAGAAUGCAAGCUUAAAAAUUGGUGUCAUUCCAGUCAAAGUACCACAUUCCAAGAUACAAAUGGUUAAGGAAACCAAUCGAAAAAGGAAAAACUCCGGCAGGAUUCUUAGUUCAGUGAAGAAUAAGUUGAAGAAACGGAAAUUAAUGAGUAAUUCAGCUGCAGGAGACAGUGAUGAGCUUCGAUCCGAUGAAUCCAGUACUUGUUCAGAGAGUGACUCUAUCUCACUUGAGGGCAAAAAUGGUGCAAGAAAACAUCUUUCUAAGAGAAGUUCUGGUGAAAUUGCAAUGGAUGACAAACCUGUUUGGAAUCCAGAAGAGCUAGCUUUAACUGUCACCAGCAACUUAAUGGAUCAUAUGCAAGAAAUGAGUAUUGAGCUGCCUAAAACAGAUGUCAAGGCUUUAGCAUGGGGAAGAAUUGAAGGAAACACCAACCUCUUGUUGGCUGUAGGAUUCGAGGACAGCAGCCUGAUGAUAUAUAAAGUUACCGUUGGUAUGGUAACAGAAAUUGAAAAAUGUAACUAUGAUGGGCUGUCACCAGUGUCAAGAUUGUUGUGGAUAUCUCAAGGAACAGUGCUGCUUCUGGCAGUUGGUUCCACAGAUGGCAGAGUGAACCUCAUUAAAGUGACAGAAGAUGGAACAACACAAAUUGGAAUCUUAGAGAAUAGCACAAGCAGCAGGGUGACAGCUAUAUCUGCUCCUCCAUCAGGAAGCUCUGUGUGUGUCGGUCAGCAAGAUGGAAGCGUCUCGUUCUAUAUGAUAAACUCGGACAGCGGCAUGAUAAAGUUAUUGUCGACCUCCAGUAUUUCGUAUGGUGCUGUCCAGAGCCUAGCAUGGCAUCCAAGUAAAAAUAUUGUCGUCGCUGCUGGGGAAGAUGAUCAUAUAACUGUUUUCUACAUGGAAACUCUAGCUGAUCGCAAGAAGGACAAAACAAGGGGAACAAUCAUGCAUUAUCUUGGGAAAAAGCGUCGAUUUGAAUUGGAUAUCUUUAACAAGUGCUGUAAAUUAAAAGGUCAUAUGUCAUUUGUUGCUGCCGUCACCUUUGACCCAAGUGGCUCCUUUCUGGUCUCUGCUGGAUGGGAUGGGCAAAUUCUUUUCUGGAAUACCACAGAUAUUGAUGAUGUCAUCAGUUGUGGGGCAGGUGAUGUAAGCACAGUUGAAUGUUCAACAGGAUUCAUGAUUGGACAAAGGAAAUUCCGCAACUUCCCUAAAGACGGAAUUAAUUUUAUGCCUCUUGUGCUAUCGCUAGCUCAGCCGAUUAUUUACAUGCUUGCACAUAUCGAUAGUGAGACACUAUGCUUGGUGUCUUAUCAUAUCCCUAAGAAAUAUAGAUAAACAAUCAAAAUAUUUUGUCAACCAUUUGGAAACUGUAGACAUUACAGCUGGAUGAUUGGUAGUAAGAAUGUUUUAAUUUUGUGGAGCUAAAAUGGUUCUACAGUAUUAGUCUAAAAGUUGUAGAAAUAUAAGUAAAAUGAUAUUAAAAAUUUUACAAAUUUAUUACAACUAUUCCCAAAUUUUACAACUAUUCCCAGGGUCCUCAUUAUGAGGACCCUGGGAAUUGGUUCAAUUCCUGUCACGUUAUCAGGAUUUUUGCCCCUGACCAAAACAACUCCACUCCCUAAGCCUCAGUCUGUGUAAAGAACCUUGUGUGUGUCUUGUGAUGGGAUUGACAUUUUGAAGUGUAAGAGUGUUUGAAAAGAAGUGUACUUGCUGCAGAUACUAAUCGUAAUAUUAAAACAAUAUCAACCCAUCUAAAUCGUCGUCGUUUUGUAAUAUUUCUACAACUGCUUUGAUACAAAAAAUAAGUUCCACAAAUGAGAACACAUAUUUUGUACUUCAGAAAUUUACUGCAUAGAAAUUAUUCAUACAUUUAUCAAUUGUUUAAAAUACGCUGUUCCUAAAAUAUUUAUCAUUAUUUAUAAAAUAAUUACUGCAUAUUAUUGCUAAUUGCCAUUGACAAUAAAUUUGAAACCAUGCUUACCUGGGCUUGCUUUGGAGGUAAACAUGACUAGUAUUACAAUA